UACAACGAAAAGAAUCGGGUCACAGCCAUGAAAUCCGCAAUUGCUCUACAGCAAUUUAAAAAAUGCAUCAUCUUGUUUAUGAUAGGCAUUGGAUGCAGCUCCUUAACAUAUGUGAUUUACAUCACCGAUCCCAUGACCAUGAUAUUGGAAUACAAUAUGCAAAUGAGGCCUCAUUCACUUCUCUUCAACAUAUGGAAGGAACCAAAUCUUGAUAUUUAUUUAAACAUAUACAUAUUUAAUAUUACCAAUCCAAUAGAAUUUCUAAGUGGUAAAGAGAAGAUUAAACUUCAAGAAAUUGGGCCAUAUGUAUAUCAAGAAUUUCUUGUAAACGAAAAUAUUACAUUUAACGAUAACAACACUAUGAGUUACGCUCCCAAAAGGACGAUAGUUUAUGUUCCCGAAAUGUCAGUCGGUGAUCCUAUAGAAGAUAUAGUCAAUGUUCCAAAUGUACCUUUCUUGGGUGUUUCAUCCGCUUUGAGUGAUGCAGGAUUUAUAGUAAAUUAUCCUAUAGUACAAUUGGCUACUUUAAUGAAUACAAAACCGAUUCUUAAUAUCUCGGUAUACGAGUAUCUAUGGGGCUACGAGGAUUCAUUGGUAAAAUUGGCCAGUGGAAUCGUGCCAAAUUUUAUCAACUUUGUAAAAUUCGGUCUCUUGGACAGGAUGUACGAUGAGGGGGAUAAUACUGUGACGGUGCGUCUUCAAAAAAAUGCUAACAUGGUGGAAGAGAAAGGACGAUAUCUCAGUAUCGACAAGUACAAUGGCAGUCCCGGUAUGGCACAAUGGGGAUGGGUCGAAACGGAAGGCAACGAGACGCGAGAAGAGAAUACAAAUUGUAACAUGCUUCAAGGUACCACGGAAGGUAUUAUAUUCCCGAUGCACUUGGACAAGCGUGCUGUUUUUAAGGUUUAUAGGAAAGCAUUUUGUCGACCGCUACCAAUUGUGUUCAAGAAAGAAAUUUGGACGGAUAACGGCCUACCAGGAUAUCUCUAUACUCUCACGGACGAUUUUGCCGAUCCACCUGAUCAGAAUCCGGACAAUGAAUGCUUUUGCCGCAAAAUGAAGACCUGUCUAAAGAAAGGAUUAGUGGACGUAACACCAUGUUAUUACAAUAUCCCGGUGGCUGUAUCGCUUCCACAUUUCCUCAAUGCGGAUCCGAGUUUACAGGAAAAUGUGGAGGGUCUUAACCCUGAUCAAGAGAAACAUAAAUCUUACGUAAUAAUUCAACAGACAGUCGGUAUGCCAAUGUUCUUCCACUCUAGAAUGCAGACAAAUCUUGUAAUGAACCGCUUACGUUACAAUUCUAAAAUUGCAGCAUUUAGUGAUAUAACGUUACCUUUAUUUUGGUCUGAUAUGUCUGUUACAUCGCUACCGAUUUAUCUGACGAUUUUAUUGAAAAUAGUACUUCGAAUACUACCGAUCGCACAAACGGUGUUCGUUUAUCUACUUGGUAUAAUCGGAGUGACGACGUCAGUGUUAUCGUUGAUAUCUAUUGUAUGGAUAUUCAAUCAGCAACAACAACAUGAGAAAAUGAUUAAAAACGACAAUCCCGAUUUAAGGAUACCCUUAUAUAACGGCCAAUAUAGUUCCAUCAAUAUUUUACCGCCGCUCAAGAAGAUAGCGUCGCAAACAGAUUGUUUGACAGAUUAUAUAAAUUAG